AUGACCCUUGCGACGACCGCGGCCCUGGCUGCUGGCAGUUGGGCCGCGGCUGCCUAUCUCGAUGCGAAGUACCAUUUUCGGAAAGAUCUCAAUGUCCUCUCUAGAAUGAAAAAGGGUGAGAGAGAAUAUGCUCGUGUCGUUAAAGAGGACAAAGUCAGUCUGUGGUAUGUCUUCGAGGAACAAUGCAAGAAAAGCUGGAACUUCCGUGCCAUCUGGUGGAGAGAGCGGUCGUAUACCUUUGGGGAAUUCUAUGGAGAAUGCGUCCGCUAUGCACAAUGGAUGAUUCAACAGGGUAUCAAACCUGGAGAGCUGGUCGGGAUGUACCUCACCAACUCCCCCGAAUUCAUGUUUAUAUGGUUCGCGACCAUGGCGAUUGGUGCCGCCCCCGCUUUCAUCAAUUUCAAUCUCGAAGGGACAGCUUUGAUCCACUGCUUGGAAGUCUGUCAAACAAAACUGCUCAUCGUUGAUGACAAUGCCGGCUGUCAAAAGAGAAUCAAUGCGAGCAAAUCAGACAUUGAAGCCCGGGGUAUGAAGAUUGCCGUUCUCGACGGCAAAUUGAAACAAGAGAUAUCCGUGAUGCCUACCGAGAGACCAGGAGACGAGUGUCGUAAGGGCACCCAAGGCAGCUUUCCUUACUGCUUGAUAUACACCAGCGGUACCACGGGUCUUCCCAAAGGCUGUGCCUUCACCCUACAGCGAGUGUACUUGAUGUGCGGCCACAACAUCCCAAUCUGUGAUGGUGUACCAGGUCAGGAUCGGUGGUACAACGCCAUGCCCCUCUACCACGGCACGGGUGCGAUUUCCACCUCUUGCGCGCUACUGCAAGGACUCGGUGUUGCGAUUGCGCCCAAGUUCUCAGUCUCUCAUUUCUGGAACGAUAUCCACGACUCAGAGUCGACGUUAUUUAUCUAUGUUGGCGAAACCGCACGGUAUCUUCUCAAUGCACCACCCCAUCCUCUUGAACGCAAGCACAAGCUUCGAUGCGCUUAUGGAAAUGGUUUGAGGCCUGAUGUGUGGGAGAAAUUCCAAGCCCGAUUCAAUAUCCCUGAGAUCGGGGAAUUUUUCAAUUCCACAGAGGGAAUGUUUGCGCUCCUGAAUUACGAUAAGGGCCCAUAUCUUCAAGCUUGCGUCGGUCAUCACGGUCUCCUUCUUCGAAUGCUCUUGCACCACGUCUAUAUCCCUGUCAAGAUUGAUCACGAGUCGGGGGAUAUUUGGCGAGAUCCCAGGACUGGUUUUGCCAAGAGGACGUCUUAUGAUGAAGGUGGGGAGAUGAUCGUGGCCGUUCCCAGUAAAGAAGCAUUUCAAGGCUACUGGCGAUCUCAAAGUGCGACAGACAAGAAAUUUUGCGUCGAUGUGUUCAAGAAGGGAGAUAUCUACUAUCGAUCCGGCGAUGCCCUUCGGAGAGAUGCCGAUGGGAAAUGGUAUUUUCUAGAUCGUUUGGGGGAUACAUUCCGCUGGAAGUCCGAGAACGUGUCCACCGCAGAAGUGGCCCUGACAAUCGGUCAAUACCCUGGCAUCGCCGAGGCCAAUGUCUAUGGCGUGCUUGUGCCCAACCAUGAAGGCCGAGCCGGCUGUGCAGCCAUUCAUCUCGACCCGAACCACACCGGCCCUCCCGUGGAUUAUAACGAGCUCUUGAAAUUUACUCGAGCCCGUCUUCCUCGGUACGCGGUACCUGUAUUCUUGCGCAUUGUGCGAGCGAGCACGCAUAUUCACAAUCACAAGCAGAACAAAGUCCCGUUGCGCAAAGAGGGUGUCGAUCCCCAGUUGAUUGGUACAGAGGUACCCAACGGCAAGGAUGACAUCUUCUUGUGGGUACCACCCAAGGGAGAAAGUUAUGUUCCGUUUACACCUAAGGAUUGGGAAAUUCUGGUUAAUGGACAGGCAAGAUUAUAG